UGUCCCAACAAUUGCCAUUGUGGAAACUCACCCCAAGCCUAGAAUUUCCAUUUUAUUUAACGCAUUCCAUUGUUUUUCCUUCAUUAAUUCGCAAAGAUAAAUGAUUUGUUUGUUUUUUGAUAAGUGUCAGUCUUCAAUGAUGUGAGAUGAGUAGUUGAAGAUUGUUAUUUUUAGUGAUAGAAUUCGUUAGAGGCGUGAUUUGGUGAGUGGUACGAGGCAAGGACAAAGCUAACCCAUAAAAAUAAUAAUACAAUGGCUGCAGCAGCGGCUGCCGCACUCCUUGAUGAAUUGAUGGGAAGGAAUCGCAAUGUUCUUCCUAAUGAGAAGCCUAAAGAGCUCAACUGGGAAGAUCCUGAGUUUUGCAAACUCUAUCUGGUGAAAUUCUGUCCCCAUGAUUUAUUCGUUAAUACCAGAGCAGAUUUGGGCGCCUGUGUUCACGUUCACGAUGAUGAAGCUAGGGAUUUAUUUGAGAAAGCUCCAUAUUCAUAUAGAAAACAACAAUACGAGGAUGAGUUCAUUCGGUUUUGCCAGAGUAUGCUCAGUGAGGUGGAGAGAAAAAUCGUCAAAGGGAAGCAACGACUCGCUUUAAUAGGAAAGACUGAGGCACCCACUCUGACACCAGCGCAGACACAGAGAAAUGAGGAGCAAAUUGCUCUUUUGACGGAGAAGAUCAAUAAAUUGGUGGAGGAGGCUGAACAAAGUGGUAUCCAGGGAAACGUGGAACAAGCACAGGGGCUCAUGAGGCUGUGUGACCAGCUCAAGGAAGAACGAGAGACAUUGAGAAAGUCUAAUGAUAAUAGUCAUUAUAAUCAGACUGCGGAAUUGGCAGCUGCACAGGAGAAACAAAUGGAGGUGUGUGAUGUUUGUGGAGCAUUCCUAAUUGUUGGUGAUGCCCAACAACGUAUAGAUGAUCAUUUAAUGGGAAAACAACACGUCGGAUAUGCUAGACUCAAAAGUGCACUUCAAGAAAUAAUGGCGAAGAGAGAAAAAGCUCGAGAUGAGAAAGAACAAAGGAGAGAUGAAGACAGGAAGCAAAGGGCUCGAGUAAAUGAAGAGAUUGAGCGAAAACGACGUGAGACUGAGAGAGAGAGGGAUCGCGAUCGCGACAGGGAAAAGCGUCGUAGACGUGACGACGACAAAGUUCGCCAUGAUUUCCACAGUAGGAAUGCGAGCCACCAAAGUCGAAGCAGAUCGCGUGACCGUCAUGAACGUCACAGAGAGGACGAGAAUCACAGACGUCACAAUAGAGAUAAGGGGAGCCGUGAUCAUCGAAACUCCAAUAAUUAUGGUCGACGUCGACGCCGGUCAAGAAGUCGAAGUCACAAGUAACAACUCUUGAUUGGUUAGUGAGUGAGGAGUGAUCCAGGUAUGCACUAGAAAAACAUUUGAUAUUAACGUGUCAAUUACUGUACAGGUAUUCCACCAGGUGAGUUUAACUAGUAAUGCACAUAAAUGUCAAUUAUUUACAUGUUGUGAUUUAUAAAAACUCAAUAAUCCAGAGUAGAAAAAAACAUACACCCGAUGUAAAUUGACAGAAAGCAUCUCUUCGUUUUUGCGACACGAGUUGAAAAUAAUUUUGAAAAAAUUUUCGAAACGAUAUAUCAUGGUAUACAGAAAAAUUAACGGAAUUAAAAAAAUUUAAUGGAGAAUGGAAAAAUGAAUAUCCGAUGAAUUUUAGAUAGUAAUUUACAGCAGAGCAAGGUGGGAGAAGGUAUACCUAUCCUUGCUUUGAUCAGGAAUAUGAAUUGACAAUAAAAAAUCGAAGAUCAUGCCAAAAAAAAAUAAUUGGGUGCAAAUAACUUCGACUACUCCAUAGAUUCUAUUUAUAUCGUUUUGUUUACUCUCUU